AUGAGCGAGCUACCAGUGACUUUUGAGCAGCUGAAGCUUACAGAAUGCUCGUCAAACGAAGCAACAAAUUGGCCGUCGAACAGAGCAACAGAAAGAACAUCGCUUUCAGGGUUCGACAUGGUCCAUCCCAUCACACCUAGCAGUCCCCUUUGCAAAGACUUCCGCUUGCCGUGCUACCUUUUAAACUACCAUUCGGUCAAUACAGACUUUUGUGGCCGCGAAGAUGUGUUAGGACGCCUUGCAGACGAGCUUCUGCCGUCUACGAAUGUAGCGGCAGCAUCAGGAACCGGUCUACGACAGUUUGCACUGUGUGGAUUUGGGGGUAUCGGGAAGACGGAAACUGCCCGUGAGUUCGCUCGACGUCACAAGCGUCAUUUCGAUGCAGUAUUUUGGGUCGUGGCGGACGAGAAAUCGAAACUUGACCACCAAUACCAGAAAAUUUCGCUGGCACUAGGUCUUGAAGAUGAAUCUGAGUGUAAGAGCCUGCUCGUCAGCAGAGAAAUCUUGAAAGGAUGGCUCUCAAAUCCUCAAUCGCAGCUGCUGGCGUCAGAUGAGAUUGGACAAGCCAAUCAGGCCGAACGCGGGGCUACCUGGUUGCUUAUAUUCGACAACGCGGAUGACCCAACCAUGUUGGCAGACUAUUGGCCCCAAGGAAGCGGAUCAAUUCUGGUCACUAGUCGCGACCCUUUGGCGAAAACCAUGUUUACAAGCAGAUUCGCGGGCCUCGAUCUUGGCCCACUGUCACAGCAGGACGGUCUCUCCUUGUUCAACCAUCUCACUGUCAAUUCUAACACGCAGGAGGACGAAGCAGCGCGCCAUAUAUCCAACGCACUUGGUGGUAUUCCUUUAGCCAUCUCUCAAAUGGCCGGGAUCAUUCGUCGACAAGACCUUACUUUGGCAGAAUUCCUCGUACUCUUCAUUGAUCAUGAAGAACGUGCUACUCUGUAUCAGACAAAAUUUGACAGAAACUUGGCCACAUACCGCCAUUCUCUGUCUUCGGUUUGGGCGUUCGAGAAGCUGAAGCCGCAGGCUCGCAAGUUAUUGGAGCUUAUCUCAUUCCUUGAUCCAGACAUCAUUGGUGAGGACCUGCUGAUGGAGGCAUCCGCAAGACUGCUCUGCGAAAGUGCCCCGUUCAAAAAAAGCAAUUACAUUGAAGCUCGAACGGAGCUAAUGCAAUCGUCCUUGGUUCGGAGAGAUAAGCAGAAACAACAAAUAUCGGUCCAUCGCAUUGUACAAGAUGCGGUAUUUGCAACAAUGGACCUCACCAAUAAACGGUUCAUGUUUGACCAGAUUGUUCGAAUGCUUUGGGCGGACUGGCCAUCAGCCAUGCCUCAGCCAUCCAAAGAGCCAGAGUUACCUCAACCCAAAUCAACUGGCGGCAGGCUGCACGUCAAAAGGUGGCCUGUGUGUGCAUCCCUUUACCCUCACGUGCUGAAGAUACAUCAGCUCUGGGCAACCAUCUCAGGCUUAUCCGAGACGACGAAUUUACUGUUUGCGAAGCUUCUGAUCGAGGCUGCAUGUACAAGGUACCAAAAAGAGCGCGGACGCACGAAGCAUUUUGACGGCUUCUUUGGAUCUGCUCAAAGUAUCUGCGAGAUCUCAACACACCCUGAUCGGGACUCGGUGCUUGCAGAUAUUUUCUUUUGCUUAGGAUCUAUCGCCAUGGAUACCAAUGACUUUGAAACAAGCCGAAUUAACAAGGAACGUUCCUUUGACCUGGUUUUCAAAAUUUGCAAAACAUUGGGGAGAGAAGACGAGAGAUUAUACCUUGCAUUCGCAGAGCGAGGGAUUGCACGCACUCAGGAUAGGAGGUACGAGGAAGGCGAAGCCGAUCUGAAGGAGGCGUUACGGAUACGCAAAUCCCUGGGCAAUUACAUCCCCCGGUCAGGCGAGGCCAAUCUCAGCUGGGCCCUGCUUGCUCAAGGCAAACUUGAAGAGUGCAAUACGCUUCUCAUUGAUAGCUUGGCAGGCAGAGAAAAGGCUCUUGGAAAGGAAGACAGGGAAUCCGUUCGGACGGGAUUGAUUCUGUACGCACUUGGAAAUCUCCGCGCUGCGCAGAAGGAAUGGGGCGAGAGUUUCGAAUACCACCGCAGGGCGUGGCGCCACAUGUGCGCGACGGUUGGCAAGAAAGACGUUUACACUGCAAAUGUCGCUCAUAAACUUGCCGAGCAUCUCAACCGAGCAGGGAAACGCGAUGAAGCUAUUGCGAUGAUUUAUUUAGCGCUCCAAAUCUGGUCGGUAGACCAAACUGCACAUUUGAACGAGAUUGCUCGCACUACUUUUCUUAUGGCCAAGGUAUUUGAGGGGGCAGGCAAGACACAAGAGGCUUCUAUAGCUCUGAAGGUCGCCUGUCGCUUGAGGAAAGAGGUAACCAAGGUAGACCGAGAUGUCCAAAGCUUAAGAACGGAAGACUUUGAUGAAAUUGUCGGGUUUUGGGCUCGUUGA